AGACGCGACAGCAGCAGCAACAGCACAGACUGAGUUGUCCUUGAUGGAAGCACAGAGUCUGUUCGUGUGUGGUUGCAUCUCACUACCAAUACGCAUGGACACUCUCAGUCUGUCUGUGUGACAAAACGAUCGAGCAAAGGAAUGGAUUCUCUAACACAGCUUCCUACUUGUCUCGCUCAACAGCAUUCUUCGCCGCUCGCCCCUUGCCCCCGCAAUAAAUCACUUCUUGGCUUUCCCCUUGGCCUUGCCCUUGCCCCCCUUGCCCUUGGCUCUCUUCUUGGGCUUGGCGACCACCCUGCCCUCCACCACCACAUGCUCCACUUCGUGCUCGUCAUCGUCGUCAUCCUCAUCGUCGCCCUCGUCGUCGCCAUCGCCGCCCGCCGCAUUCAGCUCGUCGUCAUCGCCCACUGAGAAGACACACACACACACACACACGCCCGCACGCCCGCACGCACAGAGAGAGAGAGAGAGAGUGACAUAGGCGUGGAUUGGGGCUCGGGUGGGUGUCUUGUCUUUUCUCCUCCGCACCUCUGCCGAGUCUGUCUGCCGCACCGCUCGCCACCACCCGGUCAGCAUCCAGCUGGCCCCCGAAAGAGGCCGUCUGGUUCGGCACGGUGCGCUCCAAGUUCAUCGUCACCAUCGACCGCAGCUGCGCAUUCUCAGAACUGCACAUGGUCGACAAAGCGACACCACCAUUUGUCCCACACACCAACUUUGCUCUCUUCCAUCUCACCGCAGUUUUGCAAUCUCGUGCAGCAAGGCCUGGUCAGCCUCCGGACGUGUGAGAGAGCGCGUGUAGGUGGGGUGGUGCACGGGGAGCGGCUGGACGGGGCUGGUGGGAGGGGCGGGAGGUACGUGCGGGUGGAGGGGCGAGUAGGGAACCGACCCUGGCAUAUAUGGCUGCCGCUGCCACUGCACACACACACAAGCACAUUCACAAGCACCACAGGCCAACGAGCAACAACUUGAAACCACCCUUUCUGUUCUUCUUGUCUCCUCCCCCCUCGCCCCUCUCCCCCACCCCACUGACCACAUUGGGGCUGUUUGGAGGAGCCGGCACUGCGGGGCUCACAGGCCCCAUCGUCCCGUACCAGGUCACCUCACGCGGCGGCAGCAGCAGCCCCUGUGGACGCGGGGGAGGGGCCACAAUCAACGGCUCCUUCAUCACCAUCCCAUGGUGGCUCCCAACCGGUGUGGGCGGGGCUGAGGGUCCCAGCAUCACGCUGCUGUAGGCUCUUCUGUCCAUUUGGCUGGUGGAGGCACCGCCGAGAGGCGUCAGCAGCUCCGCGGGGCGGGGGGGCUGCGGCACCGUUGUGUUGAGGGGAAUCAUAUUGGAGGGCGUAUAAACGAAGCUGGUCUGAGGGAGGUAGUGGGGGUAGUGCCCGAAGGCCUGGGGCUCACGCUUCGGACCAAACUGAUGGUGAAACGCCAUGGGAAAUCGGUUGAUACCAAACACUGAGAGGGAAC